UUUGACCCCGUCCGCGGCGCCUGCGCAGAGGAGAGCUCCGGGGCGUUGCUGGGAGUCAGCUGCCAACUGCUACUGCGGGCAGCAGCCGACGCGGCGGCGGCUGCGCUGGCGCGGCUCGCGGCGGCCUUUCUCCUCGUGGCCCAGUCUCUCCUGCAGCUGCGUGACUGGCCCGCCUCCAUGCUCUGCUCCCCGUCCGACCUCCCCUCCCAGGGCUUCAGCUUCCAGCUGCCGCUGGCGGCGCGGGGUAACUGCACCUUCUACGAGAAAGUGAGGCUGGCCCAGGGCGACGGAGCACGGGGGCUGCUCUUCGUCAGCAAGGAGGCGCUGGUUCCCCCAGGAGGCAAUAAGUCGGAGCACGACGAGAUUGGCAUUCCCGUGGCCCUGCUCAGCUACAAGGACAAGCUGGACAUUUUCAAGAGUCUCGGCAGGGCCGUCAAGGCAGCGCCCCACGGCCCCGGGGAGCCCAUGCUGGACUACAACAUGAUCAUCAUCUUCGUCAUGGCCGUGGGCACCGUCGCCCUCGGGGGCUACUGGGCCGGGAGUCGGGACGUGAAGAAAAGGUACAUGAAGCAUAAGCGGGAUGACGGGCCUGAGAAGCAGGACGACGAGGCGGUGGACGUGACGCCCGCCAUGAUCUGCGUCUUCGUGGUCAUGUGCUGCUGCAUGCUGGUGCUGCUCUACUACUUCUACGACCAGCUCGUCUACGUGAUCAUUGGGAUCUUCUGCCUGGCCUCCGCCACCGGCCUCUAUAGCUGCCUGGCGCCCGUCAUCCAGAGGCUGCCCUUCUGCAAGUGCAGGGUCCCCAGCAACGGCCUGCCCUACUUCCACAAGCGCCCCCAGGUCCGCAUGCUGCUCCUGGCGCUGUUCUGUGUGGCUGUCAGCGUGCUGUGGGGAGUUUUCCGGAACGAGGACCAGUGGGCCUGGGUCCUGCAGGAUGCGCUGGGCAUUGCCUUCUGCCUCUACAUGUUGAAAACCAUCCGCCUGCCCACUUUCAAGGCUUGCACGCUGCUGCUGAUGGUGCUGUUCAUCUACGACGUCUUCUUUGUGUUCAUCACACCCUUCCUGACCAAGAGCGGCAACAGCAUCAUGGUGGAGGUGGCCACCGGGCCUUCCGACUCGGCCACUCGCGAGAAGCUCCCCAUGGUCCUGAAGGUGCCCCGGCUGAACGCCUCGCCCCUGGCCCUGUGCGACCGGCCCUUCUCCCUCCUGGGCUUUGGUGACAUCCUCGUCCCAGGGCUGCUGGUGGCCUACUGCCACAGGUUUGACAUCCAGGUGCAGUCCUCCAGGGUCUACUUCGUGGCCUGCACCAUUGCCUAUGGCAUCGGCCUCCUGGUGACCUUCAUGGCGCUGGCCCUCAUGCAGCGUGGUCAGCCUGCCCUCCUCUACCUGGUGCCCUGCACGCUGAUCACCAGCUUCGCCCUGGCGCUCUGGCGCAGAGAGCUGGGCAUGUUCUGGACGGGCAGCGGCUUUGCGAAGGACCUACCUCCGUCUCCAUGGGCCCCAGCCCCAGCGGAGGGCUCCCAGCCACCCAGAGACUCAGAUGUGCCCCCUUCCCAGCAGCCUCCAGGUGAAGAGCUCGUCAGGUCCCCUGUGUCUGAAGAGCAGCCCCCCGAACUGUCUGCCCCCGCAGAAUCAGGGACUGCAGCUCCCAGCCAGGAGCCUGUGAGCCCUGCCGGCCACAGCCCGGGAGCCUUGAGCCAGCCAGACACAGUCUAGGAGGGCAGCGCAGACCUGGCCCUCUGAGUGAGGGCCGCGGAGACCCAGCCUGGACCUGCUCGGCCCCUCCCCACGUGGUGCUCUGCCCUGGCCGGUGCUCGCCCAGGUCCUUGCCCCGCGCCCCCCCUUCCGGCCAGCACCUCUCCCUCCCCUGCCCUCUCCCCCUCUGCUCCGAGCCGGUUGCUGCAGCCCCUCCACUGGCCGCGGUCACGGGAGCGGUCACUGGAGCGCCGGCCCUGGCUCCACAGUCUUCCUUGCUGGGCCCUCACGGUGCCUAAGAAAGGGCCGGAAGCCAAGCCGCGGACUUGUCCACACUGGUGCUUCAGCUGCCUCCGAGGUCCCCAGGCGGCCUUCCCCAGGCGGCCUCAGCCAGUGGACCCCGCUGGAGCCCGGCCCGGCGAGUGCUGAGACUGGGACCCCUGCCUGGGGCUCGGCGGUCCCCUGGGGGACUCGGCCGGGAGGGGCCGCCGCCGGGCCGCACCGGAGGCCGGAGGGGCACGGAUGGGCAGGCCCGGCCCGGGCCCCGCGCCUGUCAACAGACGGCCAAGGCCUUCUGGCAUUUGGCUGUGUCGCCCCGGCCUGUGACCCGAAACGGUGGCCCGAGGCUGGAGGGCGCACCUGGGGGCCACGAGAGCCCCACAGGCCUUGGCAGCGCCGCUGUUUUGCCCUUGAGCUUGGAGGGCCUUGGGCCCCCCCACCGUCUGCACGCCGUGAGCCCCACGCCGUGAACCCCAUCUCUCGCAUGCGGCCCGUGGCCUCUGCGCACAGGUGGGCGAGCAUGCUUUGUAGUAACAACUCCGAGGCGCUUCUGGAUCGCAGGAGGACUUAGAGCUGCCCUCUGUCGUCUACCUCGCCGGCCGGCUCUGCGCGCCUGAGACUGACGCCUGGGAGAACUGCCGCAGGCCGGCGGCCCCGGGGCCGGCAGCCCGGCCCGUAGGCUUCAUCCCGCUGCAUGUGGCUCUGUGGUGCCAGUGUCACGGGAACCCUGGCGGCCGGCCCCGGUGUCGGCUCUGCAGCUGCUCCGUGCCGCCCACGCGGCCCCGGGCCCAGGACGACGCCCAGGCGAAGGCACAGACCCCGGCCUGCUCCCGCCCGGCCUCCCGCCGCCCCGCUCUGCGGCUCCAUCCUAGACUGCAGGCGCCGGCUUGAGCCUGUUCGUGCCAAGAAAUCCCAGUGCCCGGUUGGCCUCGCCUCUCGGGAGAUGCAGUCAGCCCAGAGGAAAAGCCGACUGCCACCUGCUUUCUGUGUGCUCAGAGGAGCUGAGGGCCCGGGAGGGAGCAGCUGCAGCUGUCAGCCCCAGCUGGACUCGGGCGGGGCCGGGCAGGCUGGGUGAGGGACCACGCACCCCACCCGUGGGCUGCACCUUGAGCCAUUUUCUAUGUUGGUGUCAGUGGGGGUCUCUUCUGUGUUGGAAGUUUGACAUGCCAAGGAAGUCGGAGGUGGGUGAGUUCCCGAAGUUUCCGUUGGUUUUGCUUUGCUUCUGUUGGACUCUUUUAAUUAAAUUGGGCUU